UUAUUCAUUUUCUUCGCUCGACUGAAACUAGGAGUCACUUCAUCAUGUCUGGAAGAGGCAAAGGCGGUAAAGGACUCGGGAAAGGAGGCGCUAAGCGUCAUCGUAAAGUUCUGCGUGAUAACAUCCAGGGAAUCACCAAACCCGCCAUUCGUCGUCUCGCUCGCCGCGGCGGAGUCAAGCGCAUCUCCGGUCUGAUCUACGAGGAGACCCGCGGGGUGCUGAAGGUGUUCCUGGAGAACGUGAUCCGCGACGCCGUCACCUACACCGAGCACGCCAAGAGAAAGACCGUCACCGCCAUGGACGUUGUGUACGCGCUCAAACGACAGGGACGCACUCUGUACGGUUUCGGAGGUUAAACACCGUAAACAACAAACACAACGGCUCUUUUAAGAGCCAC